UGUGUGUGUGUGUGUGUCAUCAGAGAGGAAAGCGAAAGUAUUUCCUGUCUUGCUUUCUCUUUCACUUUGAGUCUGAAUUGCAGCCCACAGUUUUAAGUGCCCACUUGAACACGCACUCUUCAGACUCUUCAGACAAACCAUGGAGCAGAAGGAGAGUCCGAUGCGUCUGAGAGAAUGGCUGAUCGCACAGAUCGACAGUGGGAAGUACGCAGGACUGAGCUGGGAGAACGAGGAGAAAACGUGCUUUAAAAUCCCCUGGAAACACGCAGCUAAACAGGACUACAGGCAGAACGAAGACGCUGCGCUCUUCAAGGCAUGGGCAGUGUAUAAGGGGAAGUACCGUGAGGGCCGUGACAGAGCCGACCCCUCAGCGUGGAAGACUCGACUACGCUGCGCUCUCAACAAGAGCACUGAGUUCCAGGAAGUUUCUGAACGCAGCCAACUGGACAUCUCUGAACCGUACAAGGUGUACAGGAUAGUGGAAGAUACACACACACAGACAGAAUCUGCUGCAAGUUCAAUAAAGAGCAGAGUAUCCACUGAUAUUCAUGGUCAGGUUGUGUUACACGACAACUCAAAUAACAUCAGGGUAUCAGGCGAGAGAAAAGCAGAGACCAGGUUGGAUUUCUACAGCAAUAACAAUGUUUGCAGUUAUGACAGACCUGUGAAUGUUUCUGUCACUCAGCUAACUACAUGGCCCAUUUCAGACUUCCGACUACUUGUGUGUGUGUUCUAUCAUGGCAAGCUGGUUCAGGAACUGAUCACCUCGUCACCAGAAGGAUGUUUUAUUCUGCAGGGUUCGGCGCCGGUUGGGAACGAGCGGAUCUACGGGCCGUGUGGAGCUCACACGCUGUCCUUCCCUCAACUGGACACUCUGUCACUGCCACCAAGCAUCUCUGAGGCCAUGAGCCGCCUUCUGCCUCACCUGGAGAAAGGAGUGUUAGUGUGGGUCGCCCCUGAUGGAGUCUUCAUCAAACGCUUCUGUCAAGGACGAGUGUUCUGGGAUGGACCGCUCGCCCAACACACACACCAACCCAACAAACUGGAGAGAGAGAAGACGUGCAAACUGCUCGAUAUCAGCAUCUUCCUGAAGGAGUUACAUCAGCAUCUGCAGGCUGGGGGUCCGAGACCACGCUAUGAGAUCGGCCUGUGCUUUGGAGAGGAGUUUCCUGACAAUAACCAACCAAAGAGCAAAAAACUCAUUACAGCACAGGUGGUGCCCCUGUUUGCUAAGGAGCUGCUUGAGGGUCUUGAGAAGCGCAAUACUGAACUGAAUUUCUGUCCAAAAUCAGAAGCACAGAAAUAAAAUUUGGCACUCCUCCAUCAAUCCAUCCAUCCAUCCAUCACUGUAGAUAUAAAACACACCCUAUUCACUGUACAUCAAAGAUUUUUUUUCCUUGUAACAUUUUUAACUUUAAGAUUCUUUUGAAUGUUAAUCAUUCAUAAUAACCUUGCUAACUAGCACGAUGAAAUAUUUUACCUCAGAAUCACUUAUACUAAAACCAUGUUAUGCUAAAUGAAAUUUGUAUCAAUAAAUUAUAGAUUUUACCGGCAACAAUGAGCCUAAUCAAACACAAAGUUACCAGCAGUCAGGUUUCCCCAAAUAGCUAACAAACAAUUAGCAUUUUGCUAAUAAAAUUAAUUGCUUCUGUUAUUUAACAGCUUUCUGUUAUUUUUUCAUGUUGCAUGUUUAGACAGUGCUCCUUCAAAAUAAUAUUUCAGUUAUCAAUACAAAUUAAUAAAAUAACUUUAUUAAAUAUAAAAGUUAUUAUUAUUAUUAUUAUUAUUAUUAUUAUUAUUAUUAUUAUUAUUAUUAUUAUAUUAAUAUGAACAAUCUAAUAAAUAUUAGUUUCUUUUUCUUAUUGAAUAUACGGUCAAUGAAAAGGAAAUGCUAAGAAUUACUUCGUACCGAGUUUUAGGAAAAAAACAAAACAUGUUAACAUGCUACAGGAAAGAGUAUAUAAGGAAAUUAUGCUAGCUCAGUAUUAUGCUAGCUUUACUUUAAUUAUAUUAGCCUAGUUCAUUUUAAAGUGUUAAUGCUAAUGCUGCUAAAGCAAAAAUUAUACAAAUACUAUUAUGCUAAUUGUGACCACUUACUUUGUCAUAGUGUAUUUUUGACUAACAGUAUAUAUAUACAGAAUAUAACAGACUAACAGUAUAU